AUGGUAUCGUUGAUACCCUUAAUUGCUUGCACUUAUCGUGGCGCGGCGGACAGACCGCAGGAUGCCGAUCUUUCCGUGAAGGUGCAUGCGCGCGUCGUGAGUGCUGUCGGGGCUACUCUCACCGAGGACGCGAUCCCUUCGCCGCGGGAGGCGUUUCAAAACCUCCCCAACGGGCGGUCGAUCUAUGCGGCCGAGCUGGGCGGAAGCAGCAUUGGCCGUCUCCGGCAGGUGCGGAAGAUCUCAGUCCCCGAGUCAGUGCAUGGCGCCCCGUGCCUCGCCGAGGUUCUGCCGCCAGGUGCACGCCGCUGUUUGGGUGGUGAUGCGAAGCGCAUGCUGCUGCCACCUCCCGAGCGAGAGGCUCAGGUAGCGGACUGA